UGUCGUCAAGGACCAUCCUCUUUUUCGCGCAAAUUUUAAGAGAGGCUUCCUUUUAUAAGCACGAUUCUUUCUUGAACGGCGACAUUUUGUAGAGGAAUUGUUUUUAUCAUAAAGCUUUAAGGCAAGAUGGCGUAUCGCUUGAUGUCCAGUCAUAGAGCAUUUUUCUCUCCAUAUUAUAUUGCCGGUAAUGCAUCAAAAGUCACUUCAAUGUUGACAAGAAAAUCAACCUUUGAUGUCCAGAGUCAACAAGAAUUUGAAGAAAAAAUAUUGCAAGCAGACAAACCAGUUGUUGUUGAUUUCCAUGCUUCUUGGUGUCAACCUUGCAAGGCCUUAGCACCAAGGCUUAGUUCAGUCAUGGAAUCCUAUUCUGACAAAGUUGACUUUGCAAAAGUUGAUAUUGAUGAAUUUAUGGAUAUUGCAAUGGAAUAUGAGGUUAUGUCAGUUCCAACGGUUGCUGCCUUCAAAAAUGGAAAAUUGACUGAUAAAUUUGUUGGUCUUAUUGAGAAGGAAAAAAUAGAAGAGUUUGUGGGUAAAGUGGCUUCUUGAGCUUUAGAUAAGACCUGUUAAAGUUUUCACUGAAAAACAUUGGAAGAUGGACAUAUUGUGAAGUUUUGAGUGUCAGCAACAAUCCAUCUGUUUGUAAGCAUUAAUUGCUUGUCGCGUAAAUCAUUGCUGCUUUCUGCAAAAAGAACCUCUUUAUUCUAUCCCACCUUUUACAGAUAUGCAUCUUUUCAUGAAAUAUCCAAAUUUUUCUAGAUAGUAUUUGCUUCUGGUUUAUGAUUUCAAGCGCUAGAAGUAGCCUUGCCACGUGAUUUUUCACUAGGGAGCUUACCCCCUUUGGCCUUCCCCCUAAGAUUUUUUUAUACUUCCUGCAAUGUGUCUUCUUAUCUGAUUUAAUUGAGGUAAAAAUUGAUCAUUAGCAUUGUAUGUGAGAAAUAUUGCUUAAAUCUAUAGCUGAAGUUAAUGUAUUUAUCAGUUGAAGAUUAAUUCCUUUUCUUUUCUGAUUGACUUCAAGGUUUUGUUGUUAGAGAAAGAACUGUUAGUAAUCUAUCCAAAAUUAAAAUUGUAUAGUUUUGAUUCAAUUUCUGAUUUAUAUCUAUACAUUUCAAUCAUUACAAGAACUUAUUA